AUGGCCAGCAGCACGACAGCCAAUACAUCCCUGUACGUCAAGAACAUCAAUACCAAAGUUAAGAAGCCAGAGCUUCGACGCCAACUGUACAGCUUGUUUGGCAGCUACGGCAAAGUCCUUGAUGUCGUUGCUACGCGCGCAGACGGUAUGCGUGGUCAGGCCUUUGUCGUGUUCCGUGACCUGCAAAGCGCGACGUCAGCGCUGCGAGGCCUCGAUGGAUUCGAAUUCUACGAAAAGCCUUUGUCCUUAGCGUAUGCCCGUACGCGAUCCAAAGCCACCAUUGUUGCUGAGCAUGGUGAAGAGGCAUUGCUGCGUCCUGAUCUUCUUCAUAAGCGUGCUGAUGGUACAGCCGUUCGUGGCCGUGUCACGUAUUCCAAUGCCCAAGGCGAGGCGCGUGGGUCUGAUAAAAAGCGUGUGCAUGACGAUAUGGCCACGUCGUUGCCCGCUGGUUCUAUUCGCUCGGCAGCUGUCGCCUCAGGCGUAGAGCAUGAACGUCCUGCCAAGACGGCACGGACAGAUGACGCACAGCUUGAAGAGGAAGAGGACGAUGACGAUGACGCUAUGGAGAUCGGCACGUCGGACGAAGAGUAA